GUGAUCAGACCCGGUCUCGAUCUCGUCGUGCCUCACCACGAGGUCGUAGUGGUACGGGGUGGCACUCUCAGGGUUCGUCCAGCCACUGUCGGGAUUCUUCAUUUCCCGCUCCGGUUUUUGCUCCCGCUGCUGCACCCCCUCCCGUUGUUGCACCCCCUCCCGCUCCUCCAGUCGUUCCGGGAGUGAUGACUGUUGCCCAGUUGGUUCAACAGCCCGGUCGUGAGCAUCUUCCCUAUCUCACUCCGUAUCUAAAGGGACGACGUCAAACAUGGUAAUUAAAGGUCUUUUUUUUUCCUUUCAUUAAUAUUUGAUUCAUUAUUAAUAAUUUGUUUCUUAUAUUAGGUUCAACCGAUCCGGGAACAGGAUCAGCGCAUGGAUCAACAAUAUGAUGUACUCGAACCUGAGCAAGGGAUAUCCGACUUUCACUCACUUCCCUGCCGAGGACCAGGAGAUGUGGUUUCGUCAGUUUGCGCAAGAGUUCACCUGGAAUCCCGAUCACACGAACUUUAUCCGUGACGCCUUCGUCCAUAAAGUUAUGGACAACUAUGAGAAGCAGAUCUACGAGUGGAAGCAGAAGUGGCUCAUCAACCAGGUCCCGAAGUCGAUCAACAGCACGGUCUGGGAGGAGUUGUGUGUGCAUUGGGAUAAGGACGAGACGAAAGCUACCUCCGUGACCAACUCCGCCAACCGCAAGAGCGAUCGUGGCGGGAAGGGCAUGUACAAGCACAAUUUGGGUGCCCAGACUAUUGCCACUCUGGGGGAUCGCUUGGCGGAUGAAAAUGGUGGAGAGCCGGUUGAUGAUUUCGUCCUAAUGAAGACGGCGCAUACCAACAAGCACACCGGGGAGAUUGAUGAUGGUGUUGUGAGGGAUGUGCUCAGCCUGAUCGAAACUCAGAAGGAAGACGAAGAGACCCGUCUAUCUCAGCUUCAAACCGACCUGGACGCCACUUCGACGGCUUCGACCAACUUGUCCCGGAUUCGAAUCAACGAAAUCGUUGAAUCGGUAUGUUGUUUAUAAAAAAAUUCAAUUCAUUUAUUUCUUUAUUUUCAUUUUAUCAUCUUUUCUAUUAUUUAAAUUUGUUUAUUUUCUAUUUCAGUCAGUUCCAAAGAAGAAGGGACGUUUGGUCGGUUUGGGUCGUCGAGCCCGGUCGGUUCCUCCUUCUGCACCACAGACCUAUGUUGAUCCAGAAGUGCUGGACCAGUUGAAGGACAAAGAUGACCGCAUAGUUGCGUUGGAGCAAAAGAUGGCGGAUCAAGAGGCGGGAUGGGAGGCAACGAGGAGGCAGAAAGAGCAAAUGAUGGAGAUGAUGAAGAAGAUGUACCCGAACUAGCAGUUCCCGUGGUUUCUUUUUUUUCUUUCAAAAACUCUGAAUGUUUUAUUUUGGUACGUACAACUUUGAAUAUUAUCUAAUAUGUUUUCUAUUUCAA